ACUAUUUACCGGCGGUAGGUGAGGCGGAAAACCACGCGCUCCCCGCCAAAUCUCUGGCCCUUAUAAAUUCGGGCGACCAACUCCAACCCGCUCAUCCUCCUCCACGUCCCAACUACAAAUACCAAAAUUUCCCCCAAUACUUUUCGCUCUUCCAUUAUCCCAUCUCCCACAAGAAGACGGGGCCAAAAGAUAAAGCGAAGUCACGCGCACCACCAUGCCGGCUGACAGCUCAUCCCUCCCCGGCAACGGAAAGACCGUCUGCGUCACCGGCGCCGGCGGCUUCAUCGCCUCCUGGAUCGUUAAACUUCUCCUCGACAGAGGCUACUCCGUCAAAGGAACUGUCAGGAAUCCAGAUGAUCCGAAGAACGCUCACUUGAGAGCACUGGAAGGAGCUGAGGAGCGGCUGACCCUGUGCAAAGCCGAUCUUCUGGAUUACCAGAGCCUCCGCGAAGCCAUUAGCGGUUGCCAAGGCGUUUUCCACACUGCUUCCCCUGUCACCGAUGAUCCAGAACAAAUGGUGGAGCCGGCGGUGGACGGGACCAAGUAUGUCAUAAACGCGGCAGCGGAAGCCAAAGUGCGGCGGGUUGUAUUUACGUCCUCCAUCGGCGCCGUCUACAUGGACCCCAGCCGGAGCCCGGACACGGUGGUGGACGAAUCUUGCUGGAGCGACCUGGAGUUCUGCAAGAACACCAAGGGGCAGAACUGGUACUGCUACGGGAAGACGGUGGCGGAGCAGGCGGCGUGGGAGAUGGCGGAGGAGAAAGGGGUGGACGUGGUGGCGGUGAACCCGGUUCUGGUGCUGGGCCCGUUGUUGCAAUCGACAAUUAAUGCCAGCAUAAUCCAUAUCUUAAAGUACCUGACCGGGUCCGCCAAGACGUACGCCAAUUCGGUGCAGGCUUAUGUCCACGUCAAGGACGUCGCGCUGGCACACAUUCUGGUGUUCGAGAACCCCGCCGCCUCCGGCCGGUACCUCUGCGCCGAGAGCGUGCUCCACCGCGGCGAGGUUGUUGAAAUCCUCGCCAAGUUGUUCCCCGACUACCCUGUCCCCACCAAGUGUUCGGAUGAGAAGAACCCAAGAGCAAAACCGUACAAGUUCUCGUGCCAGAAACUGAAAGACCUUGGCCUGAAGUUCACUCCGGCGAAGCAGUGCCUCUAUGAAACGGUCACGUCCCUCCAGGAGAAGGGCCACCUUGCCCUUCCUGCCCCCAAGCUGCAAGAUCAGGAACCCGUUAAAAUCCAGUCUUCUUGAUAACCACAAACAACACACACCUCCACAGCACACAGCGUGGGGGCAGUGGUAACUAUCUAUCUCUUCAUCCGCAACCAAUUGGACCCUCGUUCAAUCGUCUCGUAGUUAGAGAAUGUAAUACCGACUACCAACCAGGAAAGAGGCUGAAAUGCUGCAGAGCUAGCUAAUUAAACGAAGCCUGCUCUCUUCUUUUGUGUUCUAUUCAUAUCUCAUCAAUUUACAUGUUGAUUUGAUAUAUCCCAAGUGUUGUAAUGGAUACUUAGUCCUUGUCUCUUUUGAUCCUGUGUAAUUAUAAACCCUCUACUGCCAUUUUAAGGGUGUCUCAUCAUUUUUAA